AUGGAGACCAAGAAUCCUAAGACCGAGGGGCUCACAGUCGAGCAUAUCAAGUCUCAUCUACAGAAGUAUCGGAUCAACUACAAGCGUUCGAGAUUGGAAGUUCAGCGGUUCAAUGAAAAACAUGCUACACGGAGCUCGAAGCGGCAUCAGCACCGGCACGCUUCAGAGCAGCACGGCAGCAUUGAUGCGAAAAUUGGAGGCGAGGACGAGGCGUCGGAGCAGCACAUGCAUGCAACGAUGCAGCAGCGGAUGGAUUUCCACCGGGAGCUUCUUCUCACUCGCAGCGUCGAGUUUACGUCGGGCAGUUCCUGGGCCAGUCGAAUGGAUAGCCAAGAUACCUACAACUCAAGUUUUCUUCAGGCAUGGGCUAAGGCAGAGCAACUCCGACAGCAGGAGGCGCAAGUCUAUGGCCGUCUGCACCAGCAACAACAAAACCUCUUUUGGCAGCAGCAGCAGCCGCAAGACAGCACGGGCACAACCGAUGACAUGGACCUAGCCAGCUGGGGCCGGCUUAGCCUCACUGUGGACCCCGACGACGAAGACCUCUUUGGAUUCCUAGCGUAG